ACAGGAGCAGCCUGAACCGUCAGGGCCAGUGUUGUUAUUUUCAUAAUUCACGGAGAUUGUGUUUAUAGAAUAAAAGCUGUCUGCAAAUGACCUAUUUUCGAUUCUCUUUUUUUGGUGAAUUACAAAACCCUUCAGACGACCCCUCUCUUGGCAAAGGAGCAAAUCAUAGAUGUUUUCACCCCAUCUUUAAUUGAAUGGAAUGCGAAUACUCCAUUGUGGUAGCCCAGUGCUUGCCUUGAAGAUAGAUAAUGGGCUGUGUGCAAUGUAAGGACAAAGAGGCAACCAAACUCACGGACGACAGAGAAACUAGUGUCUCGCAGCACGCAGGAUAUCGUUAUGGGGCCGAUCCGACGCCUCAGCACUACCCGAGCUUUGGAGUCACCACCAUACCAAACUACAACAACUUCCAUGCACCUGUCAGUCAAGGAGUGGCCGUGUUUGGUGGAGUGAACACUUCUUCACACUCUGGAACUCUACGAUCUCGGGGUGGAACAGGAGUAACACUCUUUGUAGCACUUUAUGAUUAUGAAGCAAGGUCAGAGGAUGAUCUCAGUUUCAGGAAAGGGGAGAAGUUCCAGAUUCUCAAUAGCACCGAAGGGGACUGGUGGGAGGCCCGCUCUCUCACUACAGGUGGCACAGGAUAUAUACCCAGUAAUUAUGUGGCUCCAGUAGACUCCAUACAAGCAGAAGAUUGGUAUUUUGGUAAACUUGGCCGCAAAGAUGCAGAAAGGCAGCUGCUGUCAAAUGGAAAUCCAAGAGGAACGUUCCUUAUAAGGGAGAGUGAGACCACGAAAGGUGCAUACUCAUUGUCCAUUCAGGAUUGGGAUGAAACUAAAGGCGAUCAUGUAAAGCACUACAAGAUUCGCAAGUUGGACAACGGAGGAUAUUACAUCACCACUAGAGCUCAAUUUGAAACUUUGCAACAGCUUGUGCAUCAUUAUUCUGCCAGGGCUGCUGGACUUUGUUGUCGUUUAAUAGUCCCAUGCCAUAAAGGCAUGCCCCGCCUUGCUGAUCUGUCCGUCAAAACCAAAGAUGUAUGGGAGAUCCCACGGGAGUCACUUCAGCUUAUCAAACGAUUGGGGAAUGGGCAGUUUGGAGAAGUCUGGAUGGGCACUUGGAAUGGCAAUACUAAAGUGGCAGUGAAGACCUUGAAACCAGGCACAAUGUCCCCAGAGUCGUUCCUGGAGGAGGCUCAGAUAAUGAAGAAACUGAGGCAUGACAAGCUAGUGCAGCUGUAUGCGGUCGUCUCCGAAGAGCCCAUCUAUAUUGUCACAGAAUAUAUGAGCAAAGGAAGCUUGCUAGAUUUCCUAAAGGAUGGUGAAGGACGUGGUCUUAAAUUGCCAAAUUUAGUGGACAUGGCUGCUCAGGUUGCUGCAGGCAUGGCUUACAUCGAAAGAAUGAACUACAUCCACAGAGAUCUGCGGUCGGCCAACAUACUUGUUGAUGACAGCUUAGUUUGCAAGAUUGCAGAUUUCGGACUGGCCAGGCUAAUAGAAGACAAUGAAUACACAGCACGACAAGGUGCCAAGUUCCCAAUCAAGUGGACUGCUCCAGAGGCAGCACUCUAUGGAAGGUUUACUAUUAAAUCAGAUGUGUGGUCAUUUGGAAUACUACUCACAGAGCUGGUAACCAAAGGACGUGUGCCCUAUCCAGGGAUGAAUAACCGAGAAGUGUUGGAGCAAGUGGAGCGUGGUUACAGGAUGCCCUGCCCCCAGGACUGCCCUAGCUCCCUGCACGAGCUCAUGCUCCAAUGCUGGAAGAGGGACCCUGAGGAGCGGCCAACCUUUGAGUAUCUGCAAGCCUUCUUGGAGGAUUACUUCACUGCCACUGAACCACAGUACCAACCAGGGGACAACCUCUAAACGUAGAGCUCUAGAAUACAGAAUGCCACAACAGACUGCCCUCGAAAAGACUGAUUGAAUGAGUGUUUGAUGAUAAAAGCUUCCAGAUUUCGUGCCAUCUCGUCCCAGUCUCUGACACAAUCCAUCUUCCAUCGAAAAAGGACUGCAAUCGCAUUAUAUCUGUCAGUAAAGCCAAAUAGUGUUUUUGGGAAGAGAAAUCGAUCAUGAUUAACGAUAAGAACUGCUUGUUUGUAUUUAGUGUAAAUAUAUAGUGUGUUAAGUUACCCCCUGUAUUUGGCUCAUUUUAUGACUUUUUAUAAUGCUGUUUUCGUUCUUAUCCAGGCUGAGAAAGAAUCGUCGCUAUGAGGAAAGCAUGAUUAUGGCAACAUCAAACAUUUUAAUAAUUACAAUGAUUCUGGAAAUCAUUCCUAGACACUUCCAGUAGGAUGUUGACCAGCCUCUUUUAAAUAUUCAAGGAAUUCUGUCAAUUGUACAGAAUAGUAAAAUAACUAUGUGUGAAAACACUCCCUCUUAGCAGUGCAUAGAUAGCAUUUCUGACACAUUAUUGUGACUUCUUCACGAAAGGUACUGUAAUGAUGUCUGCAUUGGUUUUAGUGAGUUUGCUGGGCCCAAUUAUUUUCACCUGCUUUUAGCAAGCGCUCAGUGUCUCAAUUUGUUUUCCUGCUUCUUAGAAUGAGUGUAUUUUUUAUUUAAUCGCUUUGGAUUAACUAUAGAGCAAUGUAUCAGAAUAGUAUGAGACCAAGAGAGCAUUAUGCUUGACCAUACUUGCAUCUUUCCUGCAAAUGAGAUAAAAUGAACUGCUAACAUAAUUACUGUUGUGAGAGAAAAAUAAAAACAAGUCAAUUAAAUGUAUCUCACAAUAUCAUGCAUUUUGAAAUAACACAACUAAAUAUGUUGAGAAAAAGUACGAAGUGGUAGAAUUUCAGUCAAGAUAACUUAUUGCUGGUCUGCCUUGUUUUUGCCCCUCAUUUUGUCCAUCAUGAUAAAAUGACAUGUCUGAUGGCAUUGACAUUAUUGGCUCUUUCUUUUUUAAUACAUUUAGGGUGACCAACCACCCAAUUAACAUACGUAACAAUGUGAUAAUUGAUAUACGUUAUUAAUAUAUGAUAUAAUUUAAUAUUUGGCAUUUCACAUAAAGACAAUUAUGUAAUGACACAUGUUGUUUCUGAAACAAUAUUAGCAUGGUCACUAGACAGUUAAACCAAUGGUGACUGAUCAUAGUCCAUGAGCAGUUUCAUACACUGAAGUGUUGGUUUCAGUCAAUGUUUUGGAUAGAAUAAGGGGUUCCAUGGAACACUGUUUUUAUCUGGGCCUAUAAUUAAAUUAUGUGCUGCAUUGUUGUUAUACUUCAACCUCAUAAUUUUCACAUUUAUUUUUGUACCAUUUUUCCAUAUUUUUAUUAAUUCAUAAAUAUUGUGUUUAUUUUAUUGCUUUGUUUAGUUUAUGC